AUUGUGUUUUUAAUUCUGCAUAUAGUUUUUAUUUUAAUUGCAGGAUAUAUGUAUAUGGAUGAAACUCGUAUCUAUCUUAAAUAAGAUAAACAGUAAAUAGUGUGGACGUGUACCACACAAGUUUAGGUAUUGUAGCGUAGUACCUAUAACACUUGCGCUAUAUUGAGAGGUGGAAACGCGAAGUAUAUGGAAGUGCAUCUGUCGGAGGACUGGUGAACGGUUCAAGAAUCUGAAUAAUUUCAGUAGCACAUCCACCACAACUACCAUCUAUUUUUAUCACCGAAAUAGUGCCUUUGUUAUUGAUUGCCAAUCACUUUAAAAGGAAGGGAGAGAGGAAAGGGUUCGCCGAGUCGAUUCAGCACAAUGGCACAAACUCUACCCAUUAAGUUUAAGGAGCACUUAAAUUUGCAAAAUGUAGGUAUUCAAGCAGCCAACAUAGGGUUCACCACCCUCACGAUGGAGAGUGACAAAUUCAUAACCAUUCGGGAGAAGGUUGGCGAGCAACAGCAGGUUGUCAUCGUGGAUAUGGCUAAUCCUAACACUCCCGUGCGCCGUCCAAUCGGAGCCGAUUCUGCUAUUAUGCAUCCAUCCUCAAAGGUUAUCGCUUUGAAAGCGGGAAGAACUCUUCAAAUUUUUAACUUGGAGCUCAAGAGCAAGAUGAAAUCACAUCUGAUGGAUGAAGAUGUUGUAUACUGGACUUGGGUCGACGUUAGAACCGUAGGUCUAGUUACUGGCACUGCCGUUUUCCACUGGAGUAUGGAUGGCGACUCUCAGCCAGCGAAGAUGUUUGACCGUCACGCUAACCUAGCUAAUAGUCAAAUCAUUAAGUACCGGGCUGAUGUGGAUAAGAAGUGGUGCUGUUUAGUCGGCAUCGCAGCCUCCAAUCAGGGAGGACAGCAGCGAGUCGUUGGUGCGUGUCAGCUAUUCUCUGUAGAACGUGGUGUUAGUCAGGCGAUCGAAGCCCAUGCCUGCACCUUCGCGGAGUUCCAAAUGGACGGCAAUGCACAAAAGUCCAAGUUGUUCUGUUUCGCCGUGCGCGGUCCCCAAGGAGGCAAGCUGCAUAUCAUCGAGCCCGCAGCACCUGCCGGAAAUCAACCGUUUCCCAAGAAGUUGGCCGAUGUGUUUUUCCCUCCCGAGUUCCAGAACGAUUUCCCGGUGGCGAUGGAAAUGAGUGACCGCUACGGUGUGCUAUACAUGAUCACGAAGUACGGAUACGUUCAUAUGUACGAUGUGGAGAGCGGUGCGUGCAUAUACAUGAAUAGAAUCUCCUCGGAGACAAUCUUCGUCACCACAAAACAGGACAGCACCGGAGGUUGUAUGGGUAUCAACAGAAAGGGUCAAGUCUUGUCAGUGACUGUGGACGAGGCAAACAUCAUUCCAUACAUUCAGAACACCAUGAACAACUCGCAGCUAUCAGUGCGCUUUGCCAUUAGAAACAAUCUAGGGGGAGCCGAUGACUUGUUCGUACAGCGUUUCAAUCAGUUAUUCAGUGCUGGACAAUACUCAGAGGCUGCUAAAGUUGCAGCAAAUGCGCCAAAGGGUGCGCUGAGAACUCCCGAGACUAUCUCGAAGUUCCAGUCCGUUCAGGUACCCCCAGGACAAACAUCUCCGCUUCUGCAGUACUUCGGUAUCCUGUUGGAGAAGGGCCACUUGAACAAAGAAGAAUCCAUCGAACUGGCUAGACCUGUACUUCAGCAAGGUAGACAGCAACUGGUUGAGAAGUGGCUGAAGGAGGACAAGCUGGAGUGCAGUGAAGAGCUCGGAGACAUUGUUAAGCAGUACGUUCCGAUGCUUGCACUCUCAGUAUACCUUCGUUCCGAGGUUCCGGAUAAGGUCAUCCAAUGCUUCGCUGAAACUGGUCAGUUCCAGAAGAUCGUUCUGUACGCCAGAAAGGUGGACUACACACCCGACUGGAUUUUCCUUUUACGUCAGGUUAUGCGAGUGAACCCUGACUCUGGAGCACAGUUUGCUAACAUGUUGUGCGACGGGGGCGAGUGUCUAGCGCCAAUCGAUCAGGUUGUAGACACUUUCAUGGAGAUGAACAUGGUACAGCAAUGUACAGCCUUCCUUUUGGAAGCACUUAAGGGUGAUAAGGAGGAGGAGGCGGCGCUUCAGACUCGUCUCCUUGAGAUGAAUCUAAUGGCUGCACCUCAAGUUGCCGAUGCCAUUCUUGGCAACAAUAUGUUUACGCACUACGACCGCAACUACGUCGCUACUCUGUGUGAGAAUGCAGGCUUAUUCCAGAGAGCUCUUGAACACUACACCGAUAUCUUCGAUAUCAAGCGAGCAAUUGUGCACACCCACUUGCUUAACCCCGAAUUCAUGAUCAACUACUUCGGCACACUAUCGGUCGAGGACUCGAUGGAGUGCCUCAAAGCUAUGUUGACCUCCAACAUGCGCCAGAAUCUGCAGCUAGUUGUCCAAAUUGCUUCUAAGUAUCACGAGCAACUUGGAACUGAUCAGCUAAUCGAUAUGUUUGAGUCCUUCAAGAGUUCUGAGGGCUUGUUCUAUUUCUUGGGAUCUAUCGUGAACUUCUCACAAGAGUCCGAGGUUCACUUCAAGUACAUUCAAGCUGCCACUAAGACAGGGCAGAUCAAAGAAGUUGAGCGAAUCUGCAGAGAAAGUAAUGCAUACGAUCCAGAGAGGGUCAAGAACUUCUUGAAAGAGGCUAAGCUUACGGAUCAGCUACCCCUGAUCAUCGUCUGCGAUCGAUUCGACUUUGUGCACGAUCUUGUACUCCACCUGUACAAGAACAACUUGCAGAAGUACAUCGAGAUCUAUGUGCAGAAGGUGAACACAGGUCGACUCCCUCAAGUGGUCGGUGGUCUGUUGGAUGUGGACUGUAACGAGGAGAUCACAAAGAAUCUGAUCCUGAGUGUGAAGGGUCCCUUUGAUGUCAAUGAAUUGGCUGAGGAGGUCUCCAAGCGUAAUCGCCUGAAGCUCAUCCAGCCUUGGUUGGAGCAGCAGUUGGCAGCCGGCAGUGAAGAUCCCGGAGUCCAUAAUGCUCUGGCCAAGAUUUACAUUGACGCGAAUCAGAGUCCCGAGAGAUUCCUAAAGGAGAAUCCUUAUUAUGAUUCUUUGGUCGUCGGUCAGUACUGUGAGAAGCGAGAUCCUCACAUGGCGUUUGUUGCUUACGAGCGCGGACAGUGCGAUGACGAGUUGAUCGAGGUGUGUAACGCGAAUAGCCUGUUCAAGUCAGAAGCACGCUAUUUGGUUGCGCGCAGAGAGGCCGACCUCUGGGCGAAGGUUCUGGACCCUGAGAACGAGUUCAGGCGUCAGAUCAUUGACCAGGUUGUUCAGACCGCACUGCCUGAGAGUGGGGAUCCCGAGGAUGUUUCGAUGACCGUCAAGGCGUUCAUGACUGCUGAUUUGCCGAACGAAUUGAUCGAGCUACUGGAGAAGAUUGUGCUAGAUAACUCGGCUUUCAGUGACAACCGUAAUUUGCAGAAUCUUCUCAUACUCACAGCCAUCAAGGCUGAUUCCUCACGUGUCAUGGAUUAUGUGAAUAGACUUGACAACUACGAUGCCCCCGAUAUUGCAAACAUCGCUAUCGGCUCUGGGCUGUAUGAAGAGGCGUUCACAAUUUACAAGAAGUUCGAGGUGAACACGAGUGGUAUCCAAGUUCUUAUCGAGCACAUCGCGUCUUUGGAUCGUGCCUAUGAGUUCGCAGAGCGCUGCAACGAGCCAGAGGUGUACUCCAUCCUCGCCAAAGCGCAGUUGGACAACAACAUGGUGAAGGAAGCUAUUGAUUCAUACAUCAAGGCUGACGAUCCCUCUAACUACAUCGAGGUGUGUGAGGUGGGUGCACGAAACGAGAAGUUCGAGGAUCUAGUUAGAUUCCUGAACAUGGCACGACUGAAAGCCCGCGAGCCCUUCAUUGAGACUGAGCUAGUGUUUGCGUACGCCAAGUGUGAUCGUCUCGCUGAUCUGGAGGAGUUCAUCAACGGGUCGAAUGUGUUGGCUAAGGUUCAGGAUGUUGGAGACAGGUGCUACGACGCUGAUAUGUUCGAGGCGGCUAAGCUCUGCUUCAGCAAUGUCAACAACUUCGCCAGACUUUCUCAGACGCUGGUCAAGCUUAAACAAUACCAGGCCGCUAUCGAUAGUGCGCGUAAAGCCAACAGCACAAAGACGUGGAAGGAAGUGUGCUUCGCUUGUGUGGGUGAUCAGGAGUUCCGUCUCGCUCAGGUUGCAGCCUUACACAUCAUUGUUCACGCAGAUGAGCUUCAGGAUUUGAUCCAACACUAUUCCGGCCGGGGACACUUCGAUGAGUUAAUCUCGUGCUUGGAAGCUGGACUUGGUCUCGAGCGUGCGCAUAUGGGUAUGUUCACCGAGCUGGCCAUUCUAUAUUCACAGCACAAGCCCAAAAAAAUGAUGGAACAUCUCAAACUAUUUUGGUCAAGGCUGAAUAUCCCGAAGGUGUUGCGAGCUGCCGAAGACGCGCACUUGUGGAAGGAGUUGGUCUUCUUAUACACGCACUAUGACGAGUAUGACAAUGCUGCCAACGCUAUGAUGAAGCACCCUGCCGACGCUUGGGACCACGGACAGUUUAAGGACAUAAUCACGAAAUGUGGGAACUCAGAAAACUUCUACAAGUCAAUGACUUUCUACUUGAAUUUCAGCCCACUUCAACUGUCAGAACUGUUGACGGUACUUAUCCCCCGUAUAGAUCAUACACGCACCGUAGGGAUGUUUAAAAAGAACGGCCACCUUCCCUUGAUUAAGGCAUACUUGCAACAAGUACAAGAGUUGAAUAUCACUGCUGUGAACGAGAAUCUCAACGACCUCUUGAUCGCCGAGGAAGACUACACUUCCCUACGAGAGUCGCUCGAUUCUUACGAUAACGUCGAUGCGGUGGCUCUAGCUAUCCGCCUGGAGAAGCACGAGCUGAUCGAGUUCAGGAGAAUUGCAGCCUACUUAUUCAAAAAGAACGGCCGCUGGGAGCAGGCAAUCGCGCUUGUCAAGGAAGACAGUUUAUACCAGGACGCUAUCGAAUACGCCGCCGAGUCCAAGGAUGCCGAAACUGCUGAGAACUUACUCAACUUUUUCGUUGGACUACAAAACUAUCCUUGUUUCACAGCUACCUUGUACACAUGCUACGACUUGCUCCGCCCCGACGUUGUUCUGGAGACCUCGUGGAAGAACAACUUGUUAGAUUACGCUAUGCCGUACGUCAUUCAAGUGGUCCGCGAAUACUUGACAAAGGUUGACGACUUGAAGAAGUUCCAGGUGACAAAGAUUGAGCAAGACGAAGAGGCUGAGGCUCGUCCUCAACCGCUUAUGUACGGUAACCAGGAAACGCUUAUGCUUACGAUGGGCCCGUCGAAUCCCAUGAUGGCUCCUGGUAUGGGUGGACCUGGGCCACAGGGCGGUGGUAUGAAUAUGAUGGGUGCGGGACCCCCCACGUAUGGCGGAUUCAAUGGAUAUUAGUUACACAUGACCAGAAACGAGGUUUAUACAUAAACAACCAUACCUUGUUACACAUGACCAGAAACGAGGUUU